AUGAAGUACUCUGCCAUCAUCCUGUCCACGCUGAUCGCCGUCGCCUUCGCUCGUCCCAAUGCCUCGGCCACCGUCACUGCUGCUCCCUCCGUCGUGAGCGGCCUCUCCCCCGCCCAGACCUGCAUUGCGGCCUGCAAGGCUGGCGAUGUCGACUGCGAGGCUGCUUGCGUGGGCGCCGCCCACCCCAACUCUUCGCAGGUCGUCGACACCACCCAGUGCGCCAUGAAGUGCGAUCAGGGCGACGGAAGCCCUGCCGCUACACAGAAGUACAGCGCGUGUGUGCAGGCCUGCAUCGCCAACCACUUCCCUACUAGCCAGACC